AUGCAUGGCUUCUUCAAGGGUGGGAAAGGUCUUCGACAAAGUGAUCCGUUCUCUCCCUUUUUGUUCGUGCUUUGUCUCGAAUAUUUUUCUAGAAUGAUUAAGGCAUCCACAAAUGAUAGUGAAUUCAAUUAUCACCCCAAAUCUAGCCCCUUAAAGAUAACUCAUUUAGCUUUUGCGGAUGACUUGAUGCUCUUUGCAAGGGGAGAUGUUAUGUCGGUGCAAAUUCUUAUGGAUUGCCUUACCAACUUUGGUUUUGCAUCGGGUUUGAGGAUGAACACUUUAAAAUCCAGCUUGUAUACAGCUAAAAUUUAUGGGUAUGAGCUUGAUAAUAUCAUGGAAGUCACAAAUAUACCGAAAGGUACUAUGCCUUUCCGUUACUUGGGUAUUCCUCUCGCUUCGGAGAAGCUCAAAGUGAGUUGUUAUGCUCUAUUCCUUGAUAAAAUUGCUGAUUAUAUUAGGGCUUGGAAUUGCUCAUCUUUAUCUUAUGCCGCUACAAUUAUCUUAAGAAUUGUUAGCCUAGGCCGGAAAUUUCUUUGGAGAUCCGAGAAGCCUUUGGUGGCGUGGAAGGAUCUUUGCCUUCCAAAGGAUGAAGGGGGCCUCGGGUUGAAAGACUUGAAGAGUUGGAACUUAGCUCUACUUGCUAAAUCUCUUUGGAAUAUCCAACAUAAAAAGGACACUCUUUGGAUACGUUGGGUUCACCUUGUUUAUCUUAAAGGGACUUGCAUUUGGGAUGUUCUACCUAAGAAAGAUCACUCUCCACUCUUCAAAAAACUGCUGGAAAUUAGAGAUCUAUGGCUUAAAAUGGUUGCUGCCCCCCAGUUUCUCGGACAAGGACAACAUGUGAUGCUCGUUCAGGUGGAUGGUGGAAAUAACCUGUUUGUUAAUGAUGCUUUUACCUCAAGUCAGGAUGCUGGUCUUCCUCAAAACAGGGGCCGAUUUCAAGGUAAUUUGGACAGAUUUCAGGGCUGGUCGACAGGUCAAAACAGCAACCGUUUUCUGGGAUUUCUGGACAGUUUUCAUGGCUGGUCGACAGGUGAAUAA